AUGCUCUUCGAAUUUCUUUCUGAUCCAUUUAUAAAUGAACAUAUUAAAAAUUAUGCAAACAAAGGUAGUGACUCAACGAGCUAUUUGUCAAAAAUAAUUUAUGAAGAAGUGAUUGAACUUAUGGCAAAAAAAGUUAGGGAGACAAUUAUUGUAGAGGUGAAAAAAGCGAAAUAUUACUGUAUAAUUGUUGAUUAUACACCUGAUAUUUCUCACGUAGAUCAGAUUGAUUUUAUUUUAAGAUACGUACUACCAAAUGGUGUAGCAGCUGAACGUUUUGUAAAAUUACUCGAUAACGUUGGAUAUAAAGGUACAGAUAUGUAUAAUGCUGUGAAAGAAACUCUAGAAUCCUUGCAAAUAAAUAUUAAUGACUUGAGAGGUCAGUCAUACGACAAUGUUGCAAAUAUAAGUGACAAUUACAAGAUGCUUCAAGCCCUUAUAAAAAAAGAUAACCCUCUGGCACAGUUUACACCGUGUGCUGGACAUGGAUUAAAUACAGUGGACACACAUGCUGCUGAGUCCUAA